AUGGCUAGUUUUUUUUUUCCAAUAAUUAAUUCUUUGUCCAUUUUCAGAGGUCUACCGGAAUGGAAGUGCGAGACUCAUGCAAAAGUGGAAAAGGCGAAGAUCUGCUGUGAGGAUGAUAAAAGAAACGAGCGCUCCUACAAUACCGGCGAACCAUCCUAUGGCAAAACUUCAGGACCUCAUAUUCAUAUGUAUACCCGUAACCCCAACACAUACCCUUCAUAUUCGGGAUACCAAGACCAAUAUCAAAACAAGGGAUUCUAUCAGCGAGUCUGCGAUAACGCCCGAUACGCUGCUGAUAUGGUUAAGCUGUAUGCGAAACGAGUUGGACGUUUUCUUUUCAAUGCAGGUGGGCAAGUGGCCAAAGUGUUGUACCUUGUCCUGCUUUAUAUCUGGGCUUUCCUGAAAAUGUUCUUUACCACAAGCGUCCCUUCGAAAACUCUGCCCUCAACACCCAGACCAUAUCAAUCUACCAAGGCGGAGUCGCAGUCCUUUAAUAGCGUGGAAUUUAAACCGGAAGAAUUAGCCGACGCCUACGAGAAGGAGCAGAUACAGGAGGUGCAGGAAGUUGAAGCCAAAUCUGUACCGAGGCAAACGUACAAACAUGCUGAGGACGUGCGCUAUAGACCUGAACCAGAGCCAGAAAGGGAGCAACCUCCCGCGAGGUAUGCACCGGAAUCCCAACGGGAACAGCUUCUUCCAAGGUAUGAAGCCGAAUCGCAACCUCCUCCGCCAUAUGCCGCUGAGCCAUCGCGUGAGCAGCGUGUUCCUGUCCCAGCCAACCGAGAACCACCUGUAGCUAUGCCGAGAGUGUACACAGCAGCACCACCCGUUGAACGUUCUGCUUAUGAAUUGGACCCUGCUGCUUCGAUUCACGGACAGAAAUUUACGGAUACCAGCUUGGAUGCAAGGGAAUCAAGAGAUGUUAAGGAAUUGAGUCCUUACGUAGAAGAAAUGAAUGUAGCAUCACAUCCUCCUCCUCCACCACCACCUCCGCCUCCAACACCAUAUCCAAAAACGGUACGAAUUGAAAACGUAAAUGGUAGGGAUGGCGGUGGUGGCGGUGCCGAUCAGUGGGAAAGCGAAUCAACAACGGCAACGCGUGGUGGUGGUGGUGGCGGUGGCGGUGGUAUAAAUGGGCGCCCUGCGACACCGCCGACAAAGAAAGAACCAUUGGGAAUUGGGAAACUUCCAGCAGAUGUGAUGGCCGAGUUACAUGGCACGCAAAGAAUGCGUCAGGAACGCGAAGCGUCAAUACAACGUGAGAUGACGCAAAGUUGUCAUCCUGAUAUGGCAGCUUGGAAGACAAACGACAACGAUAUGAGAUAUGACCGUUCCGCCACAGCUACACCAUUUCGUGCAAGUAGCGUUGGUCCAACAAUGCGUAGAUUGGAGCAGGUAGUGAGCAGAUUGGAAGAUACCAACGAUAAUGAAGCACAGUAUGUGUUCAGAGCGAAACCAACUGACUAUAUGUUGGGUAAAUCGGUAUAUACACCGAUCGAGGAAGUUGAACAAAUGCGGGACAGUAUCAAUAGAGCGAAACCAACUGACUAUAUGUUGGGUAAGUCGGUAUAUACACCGAUCGAGGAAGUAGAACAAAUGCGGGACAGUAUCAAUAGGUAA